AUGGAUUAUAAUCGUGAGCUAGAAGCCAUCUCUUGUUUCUCGCAGCAAAAGUAUGACGGUUGCUUUGUCAAAUCAUCGGGCUGGUUUGAGGACACUGGGUGUCUGUUUAUCGCAAUGGAGUAUUUCCCUCUUGGCGAUCUGCAGAAGUAUAUGACGCAGCUAUUUCGGGAAAGAGAAGCACAGCAGAUUACCUUCCAGCUUCUCGAGAGUCUUGAUUUUAUGCAUAGCAACGGGUUCACCCACGGUGACCUGAAUCCUCAGGCCCAGAUUGGUGGGUAA